AGACCCAAUCCCGUUUCGGCUAGUUGUGGUACUCCUUCGACGUUCAUUUGAAGUUACAGGCAGAGUGUUUUGGAGGUAAAUACCUUCAAGGUGUGGUGUGUACUGACUUAUAAGUGACAAAGGCUCUCUUCAAGCUUGACAACAAUGGGAAAAACGAAGAGCACAGACGCUCCAGCAGCAGAGGCAUGCUCGCAGCCAAAGCGAAAGUCUCUCCGAUUGUUAGCUAAAGAGACAGAAACCAAACCAGAGACAGAAACUAAACCAGAGCCAACAAAGACCGCGCCUAAGAACCAAAAGGUGAAGGAGGUGGCAAAGGAGAAAACAGAACAGAAGAAAGAGGAACCUCGGGAUGAAAAAGAAGAGGACCCUGCAGAAAAUGGGGAGGCCAAAGUUGAAGAGGCUGCCACAGAAGAUGGAAAGGGUGAUAAGACCGAAGAGGGUAAAACAGAUGAGUAGUGUUGCCUCAACUCAUCUUCCUGUGCUCCCUGUCCUUAAAUGUCAAGUGCACAUCAUGUUUUCAACUGGGACAUAAAUACAGACACACGUUUAAAAAAAAACAAAAAACAAAAAAAAAAUCUCCUCAACCACCAUUUAAUUUCAUAGCUUCUGUGAAGGGAAUAUUUUGGCCUUUGUGUUGGGUUUUAUUUCCCUUUUGUUUCUCUCCAUUGUCAGCUUCUUAUUUAGCUUUUUAGGCUGUAGUCUUCAAUCUUCAUCAGAAUUCUGAUGUAAAACUACGAAUUAACAUGGAACUUUUCAAAGAGGUUUUGUGAACUGUACUGUUUUUAACAAUAUGUAAAACACGAUCCCUUUGGUUGUCAAAUUGAAUGUUUGAAUGUCUGUUUUGAAACAAUAUUCUUUACUGUAAAAUCAUAAUUAAUUUUGGCCCUAGAAUGCCCAGCAUGGUUGUCUUCGUUGCAUCUUAAGAACAUGUGCACGGUUGCAGUUUAAACGUGUUCUUUUCAACAACAAAAAUAUUCUCUUGCCAUCUGUAUGCGUCCAGUGAUGGGAUGUUGUUUUUCCUAGCUAUGCUCAUUGCUCAAUGCUUGCUUACCCUGUUGCCACUACCACCAACAUUAUGUACACGUUACAAAUUUGCGGCUAUACUUAUUGUGACUUUGAAACAUCUCUACCGAUGUACAGUUUUGUUGUUGUUGAUCUUUUUUUUUUUUUAAAGGUUAAUAAAAAAAAAAAAACAUUCUUUUUA